CGGCCGGUGCUGGGUCCAGAGUUUUCUCACUCUCCGUCGGACCCGUCCCUUCGUCUCUGAGUCCUCGCCCUUACCCCGGGCCCUCUCCUGCUCCCCGAGCAGACGCAGGGAGUCGAGGCAGGGCGUACCGGGCGCCAUGAAGGGCCGCUGCCUGAUAGGCGCCGCGGCGGAGGGGCUGGCUGGCUGAGGGCCCGCGCCGGCCGAGGCAUGUGGAGUCCUGGCGGGAGCCUGCUCCAGGCACUCCCCCGGCUCCUGCAGCACGCCGCCCUCCAGGGCCGAACCGAGCCCCCGGCCCGCUGGGCCCUGCCGCGGGCAGCGGGCGGGGACGACUCCGCCGAUCGUCUCCCCCGCGGAGGCGAGGCGAGCGCGGCGGCGGCGGCGGCUGCUGCCUCGGGCGCCCUGCUCGGCGCCUAUCUGGAGCGCCACGGUCCGCCAGCGGCCUCGGAGCUGCCGGCGCCGGGCGGGGCCUUGGCGGGCUGCCCCGGGAGCGGCGGCAGCGGCGGCGUGGUGGUCGGCGUGGCGGAGGUGAGAAACUGGCGCUGCUGCUGCCUCGGCAGCACCUGUUGGUGCCGGAGCCUCGUGCUGGUGUGUGUGCUGGCCGCGCUGUGCUUCGCUUCCCUGGCCCUGGUCCGCCGCUACCUACAGCACCUCCUGCUCUGGGUGGAGAGCCUCGACUCGCUGCUGGGAGUCCUGCUCUUCGUCGUGGGCUUCAUCGUGGUUUCGUUCCCCUGCGGUUGGGGCUACAUCGUGCUCAACGUGGCCGCCGGCUACCUGUACGGCUUCGUGCUGGGCAUGGGACUGAUGGUGGUGGGCGUCCUCAUCGGCACCUUCAUCGCCCAUGUGGUCUGCAAGCGGCUGCUCACUGCCUGGGUGGCCGCCAGGAUCCAGAGCAGCGAGAAACUGAGCGCCGUUAUUCGCGUCGUGGAGGGAGGAAGCGGCCUGAAAGUGGUGGCGCUGGCCAGACUGACCCCCAUACCUUUUGGGCUUCAGAAUGCAGUGUUCUCGAUUACUGAUCUCUCCUUACCCAACUAUCUGAUGGCAUCUUCGGUUGGACUGCUUCCUACCCAGCUUCUGAAUUCUUACUUGGGUACCACCCUGCGGACAAUGGAAGAUGUCAUUGCAGAACAGAGUGUUAGUGGAUAUUUUGUUUUUUGUUUACAGAUUAUUAUAAGUAUAGGCCUCAUGUUUUAUGUAGUUCAUCGAGCUCAAGUGGAAUUGAAUGCAGCUAUUGUAGCUUGUGAAAUGGAACUGAAAACCUCUCUGGUUAAAGGCAAUCAACCAAAUACCAGUGGCUCUUCAUUCUACAACAAGAGGACCCUAACAUUUUCUGGAGGUGGAAUCAAUAUUGUAUGACUGAUGAAAUGUAUGAUUGUCAAGAGCUAGUGUGCUGUCCAAGGUCCAGUGGUCACCUUACCAGUGGGCAGAGACAAGUUCUAAUUGUAUACGGCACAAACAAAACUGACUAGUUUUUAAAUUGCACAAUUUUUUAAAGGAAGAAUCAUUUUCUGGAUAUGUAAGUGUACAUGUAGAUGCAAAUUUGGGCUGCACCUCUUUAUCAUUUAUUAUGCCCUCCGUGGCCUAUAGGUCUGCACUUUAGUGUUUUUUAAUUGUUUUCUUUCUGGGUACUUAUGAACAGAGAAAUAACCCAAAUAUUUUUCUGCUUAGUGUCUUUAUUUAUAAAGUCCAUGAAAAGUUGUAAGCAAGCAUCUUCCCUACUUAUAAUGAUGAGUAAGAGUAUGUAAUUUUAAAUGUAUGAUAUUAUUUAGAUGUUCUUUAUCCUUUUCAGAAAAGAUAGUGUUUCUUUGUUUUGUUUUUUAAGUGGGACCACUUUGCUUCCCUUUUCCUUACGAGUUAGAAUAUAGACAUUAACUUUCAGUUGAAUGUAUUUUUGCAAGCAUCAUUGCAGGGCCAUUUACACCUGUUCACACAAGCUUAAAUCCUACAUUGUGGGACUGAAGUGCUCUUAAGAUACCUUUUUAUUUUCACUGUGGAAUAUGCAAAGUAAAAGGGAAAUUAUUGGGCAGUGGCUCAAAUUAGAACCCAUGUUCUAAUUCCAUUACAUUGGCUUUACUCUCCUUAGAUCUUUCAUCAAAGGGCUGUCCCAUUGCAGUCUUACUAAAAAGUUUUAGUAAAAUAAACUUCUUUUUCCUUUUAUAUUCAUCAUUAGGCUUUGAGAUAAAAGAUCUAAUCCUUUAAAAUGAUGGACUUACCAUCAUUGAAGAUGUCACUCAGGUGGCCUUGUUUGAUCAAAUCGCCUUUUAAAAAAAACAAGCUUUAAAAUCAUGUUUAUCAGUCCACUGAGUUACACAUAUAUAUUUGUCCCCAUAGUCUUCAGCUUUAAAACUAUAAAUACACUGUUAAUGCCCAAAUUUGUAUUAUUUGCCCUACUAUAAAAUGGGUUUAUUUUGUUUGUUUUUUGGUACUUGUUUUUCUCUGAUAAGACUCAGGAAUUCUGAAAUGUGAAAUUAAGUCUCAAUUCUUUCUCUUGUAGAAUGAAUUGAGUAUAUUUAUUAAUAGCACUUAGGAGUAUAUCAUACAAUAAUUUGGCAUAUGAUUCAUAUGACAUAUGUAUUAUGCAUCUAUCACCUUAUGAUUUUAAAAUGGUUUAGUUGUGAACUUGAUGACUAAUGUUUUUUUUACAACCCAGAUUAUAGAUACGAAUGCAAAUUUUCUGGUUGGUAUCUCUUUUUUGGCUAUGAAGAUUCCACCUUAUCAGAGAACUCCCAUUUGCCCUUUCAUGAGGGUAAAACCUUUGCCCUGAUUCACUAAAGUGCAAAAGAAUUCUAUUGGAGCAGAUUAUUCUAGUCUUAUGUUAAAGACACAUUGCAUUUGAUUUUAAUGCAUAAGUUUUUUCCCUUAUUGGAGUUAUAAUCGAUUUCCUUACCUUCAUCAUAUCUAAGUUUUCUCACCUUUGGGUAAUAGAAAAGUUCAUUUACAUGUCCAUACCAAGACUUCAGUGCAAAUGAUCCAAGAAGCAGCUGGGUCUGCAGUACUUAAUUGGCCUCCAAAUCCUCCUUUCUUUCCUUGGUAGAAAAAAACAUACAGUACUAGAAUAUUCUUAUUCUUUUUUUAUCCUAAUUACUUGUUUCUAUUUUUUUAAAUAAUUUUAAUUUAAUAAUCCCAAUGAACAAUAUGCUUGAUUUAUUCUUUUCUGUCUAAUUUGACAGUAUUUUUCUUGUGUUUCUUGUUUUUGAUAAGUUUUUGUUAAAGGAAUCAUUUAAGAUCACUACUUUCAGACUUGUGUUACACUUCAUGUCUAUUGAAGUGCAUUUAUUUACUUAGCAUUUUGUAACUUGAAUAAUUUCACCAAAUGAAUACCUUUUAGUAGUUUGUAAUGAGUUCUUCCAAUUGUUGCAUUUUGCUUCAUACUUAAAUAUGUAAAGGUAGAAGAGAAAUAAUUUUUCUGUAUUCUGCCAAUCAUAAUUUUAUAUAAUAAAAUCAUCCAUUUUUACUUAAAAUAGUAUGGAUUUACUAUUUCUAAAAUACUAAUCUAAAGCUGCAAUUUUCCUUUGCUUCAUUAUUUCCCAGCCUCCCAAGUAAACAACAAUCUAUUAUAUUCAUGCUUUUUGAUAGCUGAAUUUGGUUACUGGAUUUUGGAUGUGUUCUCUAUAAACUGUAUGAAGCAUUGCCAUGCUUUAUUCACUCCAUCUUUAAGCUUGCAUCCCAGAUUUAUGGCAGCAGCAAAUUUAACAAGAUCCUUGUAUGUUGCCCAAAUAAUGCCUCCAGAUCUAGAGUGUAUAUUUUUAAAAUAAAAUGUUUUGACUUUACAAACAGCAGUAUAAAGUUGCUUUAUGAACGUUUUAAAAAUCAUACAACAUACCUAAUUUCUCAAUAUGAUGAAAGAUAAUAUUCUGUUUUUAAUUCUUUGGGCCUUUCCCUUAGUUUUCCGUACUUUUUUGGUUUAUUGUUAAUGAUUUGUUUACUCUUUGCCAAAUUUUAUUAUGUAAAUUAUUUUUAAACAGCACAUCGUUUUAAAAAUGUGUACAUAAUAAUUUACUAAGUGCUUUCAUGUCCAUUUUCAUUUGAUCAUCAGAUUUGUGAAAUAACUUGAAAUCUGUACUCUUUGGUUUAUGAAAAUAAUAGAACCAAAUCUCUGUCAUUAGAACACGUGUUUUUACUUUGUGUUCAAAAGAGACUGGGUAGAUUUGUUCCGAGCCUGCCAUAGUCUUGUUUUAUGUACUUUGUAAUCAACUGCAAACCUAAGAUGACUUUCCUUUGGUAGGGUCAAAUGUAUGACUAUAAGACAUUUCCCUCCUUGAGAAGCUAAGUUGAGUAGUUACUCUUACUUACCUUGCUGUAACUGAGCUCAGUGGUCUCGCCACCAGCAUGUCCCAGCAUUUCUGUGUGUGUUAAUGUGCAAUGCUGAUUUGGACUGUUCUUGGGGAAGGUGCUAUGGCUUACUUAUGUCCGUAUUUGUGGGACUAGCUUUAGAACGCUUGAGAAAGAGGAUAGGUAUGUGUCAGGGUGAUACAGGUCAGUCCUUAAAUGCGUGGUAAGUCCACGCUAUUCAAAUCUAAGUGGUGUUUGCAGAGAAAAAGAAAGGUUCAGGAGGACCUCAGGGACAGUGAGACCGACCUGGGUUGAUGACUUUGGUGAUGGAAUUUUGUUUCAGAACAAUGGUCAAAAUAACAGUGUUUGGUGUUUAGAUGGGACAUUGCUGAUUUCUGUUGUAAUCAGCUAUUUAGGAUAUUUUUUUUUAAAGGUCAUCUCUUUAAGUUUGAAAGCCUUUAAAGGAGGGAGAGGAAUCACCCAUUCCACAGGAUAUUUGAAACUCAGGAGUUCUGGUAACUGUGCAUAUUGAACAUUAACUGUUAAUUUAUUUCACAACUAAAUUAUAACUUGGUACUUUGGAAUUGCUAAGUGAUUGCUGCAAACUAUUUUCUAUGGUAGCUGAAGAUUUAAAAUAGAUAAUUCAAUGGGUGAAUCAGUAAAAUCUCUUGAUAAUUGACAUCCCAGAUCACUUGUGUGCCUGAGAAAAUAAAAGGUGAUAUUUUA